GUGGACUACGGCUCAAGCUGCUACUAUCUGUUUCGUCAUGUAAGAUCAUGGCUGAGAGCCAAGGAGAAUUGUGAGCAGAAGAAAGCUCAUCUGGUGGUCAUCAAUAGCAGAGAAGAGAUGAAUUUCAUAAACAAACUUUCGCGCUCAGUCAGUGUGUGGAUCGGUCUCAGUGAUCGGGACGGAUCCUGGAAAUGGGUGGACGGCACUCCUUAUGAGAAGACUCCCAAGUUCUGGAAGCCUGGCCAACCUGAUGAUUGGUUUGAUCCCAGUGAGGGCGAAGGGGAAGACUGCACUCACACACUUGAUGGAGAUAAAUGGAAUGACAUUCGUUGUUCCAUGAGCUUUCCGUAUGUCUGUGAGAAGACCAAAUCCUGA